AUGAAAGUACUUAUCUUACUUCUUUUAUGGACGAUCGAGUGUUAAGUCACUGACUAUUCAUUUAUAUAGGUGUUGGAUUAUAAUCAAGAUUUCGAUCCAAUUCGAAUCAAGGUCUUUACUAAAAAAUUGGACAAAGACAAUCCAAAUCACAAGUUGUUUAAGAAGUUGAUAAAAUCGGCAGCGCUCUUCACUUAGGACACCUAUAAAGUGAGACGAUCGAAAAAUAAUAUAGUUUUUAAUGUCAAAGAAUGCCAUCAUAUUAAAGUUCCCAAAAAACAUAGAAAAAGAGGAAUAAAAAAUGCUGAUUUUGUGUUGUAUGUUACAGAAACUGAUGUCGCAGAAAACUGGAUUGCAAAAUCAUCACCAUGUUUAUAUGAUCAAAACUAUAGACCUGUUGCAGGAGAAAUAUUAUUGAAUAAUCAUCAUUUCUCAAAAAAGAUGAGUAAAUUAGACAAAUACGAAAGAUUGGGAACUAUAGUUCAUGAAUUUACUCAUACCCUCGGAUUUCAUAGUCGAUUAUUGAAUCACUUCAAUAUGACUGAGAUGAUCUAAGAUAAAUUAUAUUUGAAAAGUCCAGGAAUCAUGGAAUAUGCAAAACAAUAUUUCAAUUGUUCGUCUCUCCAAUAUUUGCCACUCGAAGAUGAUGGAGGACCAUCCUCACAGUAUUCCCAUUUUGAAAAAAUGACCUUCAAUCAAGAAAUCAUGACAGGAACUGCAAGUCGAGAUACUGUCUAUAGCAAAUUUACAAUGUUAGUUUUACAGGAUACAGGCAUAUACCAAGCCAAUUUGGUUAAUGCAGGCAGAUAUCAAUGGGGAAUGAAUCAAGGUUGUUUGGCAGCAUAAGGAGGUUGCGAUUCUCCUACAAUUUGUAAAUUGGCUAAAAAUGAGAGAUUUUGUUCUUACAAUUAUCAGCAUAUCCAAUUUUGCAAGCCAUCUUAAAAAUUGGCUGAAUGUGGGUUGGUUACUGCUUUGACAGAUUGCAAUUAGAGGAGGUGCUUCAAUUAUUAGGACCCAACUACUUUGUUGCAUAAGGCAAAAUGCUUUAAGAGUAAAUGCACGAGUUUGGGCAUUAGAGUGAAAUACAAUGGGGAAGUUUAGUAUUGCCAAUCUGAUUUUGCUACUAUCUCAUUUGAUGGGUAAAUUAUUUAAUGUCCAGUGUUUAAAGAUUUUUGCAAUGACUAUUCUGCAUGCAAUAACAGAGGACAAUUAAUUGAUGGCAAAUGCAGAUGCGAUUUGGGAUUCAAAGGAAAGAAAUGUAAGAAACUAUUGUGA